AUGGCGGCGGCGCGGCGCGCGCGGCCCGUGCGGGUGCUGGUGGACAUGGACGGCGUGCUGGCCGACUUCGAGGGCGGCCUGCUGCGCGCCUUCCGCCGCCGCUUCCCCGAGGAGCCGCACGUGCCGCUGGAGCAGCGCCGCGGCUUCUUCGCCCGCGAGCAGUACCGCGCGCUGCGGCCGGACCUGGCGGACAAACUCGCCAGUGUGUACGAAAGCCCGGGCUUUUUCCUGGACCUGGAGCCCAUCCCCGGAGCCUUGGAAGCCAUGCAGGAGAUGCAGGCCAUGCCCGACACCGAGGUCUUCAUCUGCACCAGCCCCCUGAUCAAGUACGAACACUGUGUGGGUGAGAAGUUCUCCUGGGUGGACAAGCACCUGGGGCCCCAGUUUGUGGAGCGCAUCGUCAUGACGAGAGACAAGACGGUGGUCUCGGGGGACCUGCUCAUCGAUGACAAGGACACCAUUCUAGGCCAAGAGGAGUCGCCGGCCUGGGAGCACAUCCUGUUCACCUGCUGCCACAACCAGCACCUGGCGCUGCCCCCCCCACGGCGACGGCUGCUCUCCUGGAGCGACAACUGGAGGGAGAUCAUAGAGAGCAAACGGGAUGGUGUGGACAUGGCCCCGAUCAGAGGGAACGAGGACAGGCCGGCGGGGAAAGCCGGCACAGCUAAGUGA